CGAGAGUUCCAAACCAUCACACAUCGCGGUUGUCCGAGAGCCUGAGAUUCUCUCCAUCAUCGUCGGCGUCUCAACCGUUAAAGGCCGGAAUACUUAUAGGAGUCAUUUGUUAAUUAAGGAGGUCCUGAGCGCCCGGCCCCCGCAAUUUUCUGCUCUUCAACCUCCACCUUGAUCGUCGUCCGCGUCGUCCGAGACAUACUUCCUACCUUCGAUACCCCACACUCGUCACCGAGCUUCACAAACGAAGAAUAGGACCAUGCCAUCCGCACCCAAUAAACCACGUCGGUCCCUCUCCGAUCCUCUUGCAGCCGCCCUCCGGCCGCCACCCAACGAGACUUCAGCCGCACGAGAGGCGAGGUUGCAGAUGGAAGCAGAGGCGCAGAAGGUCUCGGACGCGAUCGACGAGCAGCUCAGGCAGGAGAAGGCGUUGUUGAAGAAACAGAAGCCGGACGUGAAGGUAUUGUUGCUCGGGCAGAGCGAGAGCGGGAAGAGUACGACGUUGAAACAAUUCCAACUCCUCCACACCCCCGCCGCAUUCCACGCCGAACGCAUCGCCUGGCGCUCCGUCAUCUACCUCAACCUCGUCCGCUCCAUCCGUCGCAUCCUCGACGCCAUCUCUCCCGACUCCGACUCCUUCUCCCUCUCCGACUCCAACUCCACAACCAACAUCGCCCACGAUCUCCUCGACGAUUCCUCAUCCGUCCACACGACCGUUCCGGACCCGGAUCCAGACCCGUUAGCACCGGAGAAACACGCGUAUUAUGCGCAGAGGCUGGGAUUGUUGGUCGAGCUUGAGGAGAGGCUGAUGAGGAUGUUGAGUGAGGAGGAGGGAGAGGAGGAGGCGACGAGGUUGGAUGAUGGGAGUACGCCUGGUUGGUCGACGCCACAUGAUGGGUAUAACGGCAAGAUCAACGGUAACGGGACGUUGUCGCCUACACGAAAGAGCCAAUUACUUUCGUCGUCACCACCACCAUCCAGCCAUAAUCACCGCCCAUAUAUUGCCAUCGACACCACCACCUCUUCUUCCGCCGUCGCCUCCUCCGCCCCUUCUUCCUCACGUAGCAGCAACAGCACAACGGCGACGAUGACCACUCCUUCAUCCAACAAAGAACUCUCAGUCCGCACGACCUCAAACUGGAAAAAAGCGCUCUCCCUCUCCCGCACGAAAUUGAAAGCCACAUCGCCCGGAACGAACGAGAUCCUAGGAUGGUGGGAAGACCCGUCCGACCCCGUCCACGUCCUGUCCUCCCUCCGCCCGUCCAUGCUCGAGAUCUGGUCCGACCCCUGGGUGCGCACGCGUCUGCGCUCUAAACGAAUCAGACUGGAGGAAAGCUCUGGGUUUUAUUUGGACGAGAUUGAUAGGAUCACGGCGAAGAAGUAUAUCCCGACGGACGAGGACGUGUUGAAGGCGAGGUUGAAGACGAUGGGCGUCGUGGAGCAUUCGUUUACCUUGAGUUCGGGGGCGAGUAAGGGGAUGAAUUGGAAGAUAUAUGAUGUGGGUGGGGCGAGGAAUCAGAGGCAGGCUUGGGCGCCUUAUUUCCAGGAUGUCAACGCGAUCAUCUUCCUCGCGCCGAUCUCCGCGUUCGACCAGGUCCUAGCAGAAGACACGCGCAUCAACAGGCUCGAAGAUUCCCUCCUGCUCUGGCGCUCCGUCAUCUCGAACAAACUCCUCUCGCACGUGAACAUCAUCCUCUUCCUCAAUAAAUGCGACCUGUUGCAGAAGAAGCUCGAUGCGGGGGUUUUGCUCGCGCAACAUCUGUUGAGCUAUGGGGAUCGGCCGAACGAUUAUGAUUCGGUGUCGAAGUAUCUGAGAAAUAAAUUCGGCGUGCUUCACCAGCAGAGCUCACCGAAUAAAGACCGCGAGCUUUAUAUACAUUUUACGGCGGUCACGGACACGCGAAGGACGGUGACGAUUAUCCAGAGUGUGCGCGAUUUUAUCCUGAGGGCGAAUCUGAAGCAUUCGGAGCUUAUUGCUUGAGUAGCCAUCGUUUCAAGACGAGACGAGACCGGUCUCACGUCGAUAUAUUGACCGGUCCAGUGCUCGCUCCUCACAAUCUUUCACUUCUGCUCCGUCCGUCCUGCUUGAUUGUCUCCUUUCCUUUCCAUUUCUUUCUCUCUUCCUCUGGGUCUUCCUUUUCAUCCGUCUUUUCCGGUCUCCUGCGAUAUCCAGUCCUCUGGUCCAGUUCCUUACUCGAGUAUUCCUGUUCACUUACUGUACAAACAUACGUAUCUCCAUUCGUUUCGUCCCGGUGCUCUGCCUCCGCUGUUCGUUCUGCCCGUUCUGUGUCGUUAACUGCUUGUCCGUAUCCCCGCGUGUUGUCCGUGUCGAUGUUUCCGAUCUUUGCCAUCUUACUGACCUACUUACCUUUUUUGACUUACAAGACCCUCGAACCUAACCCGUCCAAGCCUCAAGUUGCGCUCUGUCGAGGGCGGUGCUGAUGGAUCCCAGUUACGAAUCUACUUAUACCUUAUACUUACUCUCACUAUG